AUGUGGCUACGCAACGACAAGUCUACGUGGCCUUCGCAGUGUCUUCCAGAGAGAAACAUCACGGAUGAGGACCUCGAGCUGAGAAAGAACGUGGUUCUCACCACCCAGAUUCAUCGUCCCGACUCCCUAUUCGAAAGGUUUUCAUCGUACCAAACUCUCCUCCACACUGUCGGAUAUUGCUUCCGGUUUUGCUACAAUUCCCGUAAUAAGGGUCGACGGAAUUCCGGUACAGUGCUCUCCGUUACCGAACUACAAAACGCCAAGACAGCCUUGGUGAAGCUUGUUCAGGCUGAAGCCUUCCCCGAAGACCUGAAGCGCUUGAAGAAGGGAUUCACGGUUUCGAGCAAGUCAUCCCUUCGCUUGUUGAGCCCGUUUCUAGACGCCGAAGGACUAAUCCGUGUUGGUGGCCGGUUGCGGUUGUCCGAUACACCGUACGACGUUAAACAUCAAGUCGUCCUUCCCGGUUUUCAUCCGUUCACCCGACUUCUCCUGAAGUACUAUCAUCGUAAGCUUGUUCAUGGCGGGAUCAUGAUGACUCUUUCGGUCGUCCGGGACGAGUUCUGGCCAUUGAAUGGGCGGAAGGCCGUCCGAAGCGCUAUACGAAAUUGUUACGAGUGCAGCAGAGCGAAUCCACACCCCAUUCAGCAACCAAUCGGCCAACUGCCGAUUGCCAGAGUUACCGCACAUGAAGCUUUUGUGUGUACAGGGGUUGAUUAUUGCGGUCCCAUUUAUCUCAAACCAGCACAUCGUAAAGCAGCUGCCAGAAAGUGCUACAUUUCCGUUUUCGUUUGCCUGAGCACUAAAGCAGUUCAUCUAGAGCUCGUGAGUGACUUAAGCACUUCGGCCUUCCUGAUGGCUCUCGACCGCUUCACAUGGAGAAGAAACAAGCCCCAACAUCUGUAUUCGGACAACGGUACAAAUUUCAUCGGUGCCAAAAACGCGCUCCACAAAUUGUACCGAAUGCUCCAACCGGGACACGACAGUGACCAGAUUAGUAAGCACCUCGCCGAAGACAAUAUCCAGUGGCAUCUCAUUCCGCCCCGUGCUCCUAAUUUUGGCGGCCUCUGGGAGGCCGCUGUUAAGGUUGCCAAGAAUCAGCUGGUACGCCAACUUGGAUCAUCUCUACUGUCCUUCGAAGAGUUGACGACUGUGCUGAUCAAAAUCGAAGGUUGCAUGAAUUCGCGUCCGCUGUUGCCGCUUUCGAGCGACCCGAACGACCUUGGAACCCUCACGCCAGCGCACUUCCUCGUGCGGAACAUGAUCCGCCCUCUCCCCGAAGCUGACAUUCGGAACACACCCCUAAACCGCCUCGAUCAGUACCAGAAGCUCCAGAAGUACUCCCAAACCUUCUGGCAUAGAUGGCGGAACGAAUACUUGAAGGAGUUGAAUCGGCAGUACUGCGCAAACCCAAAACGCAACCUGAUCAACGUUGGGGACAUCGUCAUCCUAAAGGACGAGUCUCUCGCCCCUGCACGCUGGCCUCUGGCCCGCAUUAUUGAAACGCACCCAGGGCCUGACGGUGUGACCCGUGUUGCAACCCUUCGUACAUCCUCCGGCAUCCUGAAGAGAGCGGUAUCCAAGAUAUGCCCCUUAGAGUGUACUACCGAAGAAUGA